AUUUUUAAAGGAAUCUAUACAGUGAUGGUGAUACACUUCCUGUUCAUGGAAGAUGAAUUAUCUUCAUCUAUUUUUUUCAACUCGGAUGAAAUAAGAAACCAUCUUAUCUAUUCCCAUUUUGUCUACGUUGAUGCCACUAUUAUAAACCAACUUCUCUAGAUAUCCUAGUGUUUACUUGAUUUUCUGAAAUCGGAUGUGUUCCAGGCUCGUAACGUCAGGCCGUAGUGAUCCGUUAUCACAACAGUGAUCGAUUCAUCUUCUGAAAACUAGGUAAUAUUUAGUUUAUAAAUUCUUUAUUGAGUUGACAAGACAGGCAAUGGAUCGAGAAAACGGACAGUUAUCGUGAAAAAACCGAACAGAGACUGGAAAAGGCCAGAUCAAACCGAUCACAGGUCCGAGUACGCAGCGAGUCGAUAAGUUUCUUCUCGAACUUUCUUGCCCGUCCACCUGCGCAAUAUUAUUCCUCGAUAAUAAUCAUAUAUGGAUAAUAAUAAUACGUCGCUAGAUUGAAUUGUUGUAUAAAGACAAUAAAUCGUAAUUGUAAAUCAAAACAAUACUGAAUACAAUGCAUGACUCAAAGAAAACAAUUUCAGAUAAAUCUUUUACCGCAGCCUAGCUUGUUCACCUGGCCAAGGGGAAGUGACGUCAGUGCUUUCCCGCGGCUACUUUAACACUGCUGCCGUGUGAUGUUUCAUUUCGAAGGGUUGAACCUGCCCCGAUAACGUGAUAUUUAGCCCCAGGAAUACGACCUUUACCAGGGAGAACCUCACCAGAAUAGGUGUAUUUUGCCUUGCAACGCGGUUUUUACCGGGGAUCGCACCUGAAAAGCGAUUGGGCAAGUUUUGAGUAACUCGACGGGUCUUGCUGUGAAAAGUUAGUUCAUUUAACAGUGCGUCAUGCUUCUGUACAGUAAUCCGGCACCGCUCAUAACAACAUCGAAGAUGUGCCUCUUUCUGCUAGUUAUUUUCUCUCUCAUCGGUGCCAGUGCAGGUGAGAUGUCGCCAGCGCCGACACCAGAGUUUCGUCGAUGCUUUCCCCAGUGGGUUAACGCCAGUCAAGUUCAAGUCAGCUGUAACAACACCUUGAUUGCUCAGCUUUGUGAUCCUGAUCAGAGCUGUCGAAACAUGAAUAAUACCGGAGUCUCGCUAGAAAAGGACAGAGAAGGAGUGUGCCUAAACAUCACCAACUGCUCCUAUGAUGCACGGUCCUGCAAAGCACAGAGUUACAUCGAUAGUGAACAAUCUGAGGAGAAUUUUACUGUGAACAUGACGUGCAACCAUGAGUCACAUUCAGAGUCUAUUGCUGUUGGGAUCACUGUGUCAGUCAUCAUCAUCAUCAUCAUCAUCAUCAUCAUCGUCAUCAUCAUCAUUGUGCUGAUCAUCUGUUACAAGAAGGUGACUUGCUUCAGGACAGCCAUUCGUGACUUCUGUCAUCGACAGUGUAUAAAUAGGACUCCUACAGAAAAGCAGGACAAUGAGUCGGAAGAGAGUUUCCUGGAAUAGGAAAAAAUGGUGUAAAGUAUGUCAGACAUUUACACUGUAUCGUGAUGGUUUGUCAUAAAGCAUUCGUCUUUGUGGCACACUAUUCAGGUGAAAGUUAAUGUUAUUAAUGUCUUUUCCAGGUAUUAAUAAAACCAUACUCCGGGAAGGUCUCUUCUGUCACCUCAGCUCAGAUAUUAUGUGCAAUAGUUAAGUGACAUCCCUGUUUACAAGGCAGUCAACAGACCAUUGUCUUAUAGUAGAGGUCUGCAUGAGAGGUUAGCUCACCUGUACUCUGCAAUCAAUAUCCUGCCACACUGUUGGAUCAGAUCCCAUCAGGGGUGGACUGGGACCAAAAAGUGUCCCUGGAUUUUCUGGCCCACAACAGCCCACCACAUCAUAAUACAUCCGGUCCUGUUUUGAUGUCAUUUAUUAAUUUAAUAUUUAAGUAAACAGAUUGGGGAUUUUAACCAAUAGGGCAACUGAUCCUACGUUGAAACAAACAAAAAAAAACCUGCAUGCAGCAUCUGUUUAUUUAGCGACCAGUGUUGCCAAGUCCGCUUAAACGUGAUUUUGGGCUUGUUUUUCUGUAAAGUCGCUUACAAAUAUUGGUAGUCGCGGU